AUGUCUGGAACACAAAUCGGCUGGGUCGGCCUCGGGUCGAUGGGCAUUGGUAUGUCCACGAACCUGCAAAAGUUCCUCUCGUCCUCCGGCGCUCCUCCUCUGCUCUACACGAAUCGCACGCUGUCGCGCGGGGAAUCUCUGAAGGAGCUCGGCGCAAUUCCUGUGGAGACGGUCUCUGAGGUGGCCAAGAAGUCAUCAAUCAUCUUCUCUUGUGUGAGCAACGACGCUGUCCUUCAGGAUAUCAAGAGCGAGAUUAUCAAGUCAGGCGACAUCACGGGCAAGAUCUACGUUGACUGCUCAACGGUUCACCCCGAUACCUCCGCGAAUGUCUCGAAGCAGAUCACUGAGGCUGGCGGUCAAUUUGUUGCUGCACCGGUCUUCGGCGCCGCCGCGAUGGCCGCUGCCGGAAAGCUUAUUUUCGUCACCGCCGGCCCCGAGUCUGCGACAUCAGCUAUCUCGCUGUACCUGAACGGCGUCAUGGGACGCUCCGUGAUCCCCAUGGGAACCGACGUCACAAAGUCCAGCUUGCUCAAGAUCGCCGGGAAUAUCGUCGUGGUCUCCUUCAUGGAGGUGCUCUCCGAGGCCCACGUAUUCGCAGAAAAGACUGGGCUUGGCUCGCCUGUGCUAGAGAACAUGAUCUCCGACAUGUUUGGUCCUGUGCUUGAAAGCUACAGCAAGCGCAUCACCUCUGGCGCUUAUGCGCCUCCUCCUGACGGCAAGGCUGGUUUCGACGUCGCGCUGGCCAUGAAGGACUUGAGACAUGCGCUGAACUGCGCGAAAGAUGCGGGUACAAGGUUAGAGACGAGCGAAGCGGCGCUGCGACACAUGGAAGCUGCCCGAGCAUUUGAGGCAGAGAGGCCCCUGGAUAGUAGUUCCAUGUACGGUGCUGUUCGGAGAGAAGCGGGUCUGGAGUUUUACUCAGAUGCCUGCAAGGAACGAGACGCAAACAAGUAG